UAUGACUGGUAUGAUCGUUGUAUAUGAAAUACCGAAGUGGUACUGGGACAUGGGCCUGGACCUAACUGAGUCUGACAUAAUAAAACGGUGCCGUUUAUGUCAGCCUCUCGCUCAGUCGCUCCGUUAUCCAGUUUUUGCAAAGGCGAAAACGCACUCAAAUAUUCGGGGAAAGAGGCUCACAGAAGCAAAGCGAGCAGAAUUUCAAUUUUCCCCGAGAAGGAAAGAACAGAGCUAACGCCGGCGACGGAGCUCCAAUCACCUACGUUGCUGCAAUGCUCCACUUACAUCUCCACCAUCUCCAUAUCCGUCCGCAGGUUCCUAGCCUCCUCUGCUCUCCGAGCUCCUUCGCCGGCUCGCUACCAAUUCGAAAUGUAAACCCGACGCUUCGGCGGACGAAGCCGUUGGACGGAGCUGGAACCGUGAGGUGCAUGGCGAAUCCAAGGAGAGUGAGGAUGGUGGCGAAGCAGAUUCAGAGAGAGCUUUCUGACAUGCUUUUGACGGAUAAGGUGUUGCAGUACGCGAUUCUCCCCGAAGCUGCUUUGGGAGCGGAUAGGUACCUUUCGUCGCUUACCACCAUCAGCGACGUCCAGGUCUCCGGCGACUUGCAGGUGGUUAAAGUAUUUGUAUCUGUCUUUGGAGACGAUAGAGGGAAAGAGGUCGCCCUAGCCGGGUUAAAAUCAAAGGUCAAAUAUGUAAGGGGUGAGUUGGGGAGACGGAUGAAGUUGCGUCUGACUCCAGAGAUUCGAUUUAUAGAAGAUGAAGCUAUGGAGAAGGGAAGCAGGGUGAUUGCUAUACUGGACAAGAUAAAGGCCGAUAAAGGUCCUGCUCGAAAUUUGGACGGAGAUGGUCCUGACUCGUCUGGGGCUGACGAUGAUGGAGAUUGGGAGGGUGAUGAUCCUGAAGAAGGAAUUAUUUAUGUAGACUGAAUGUUUGGGCCAGGAUAUCACCUGCCAGUGGUCUCUCCCUUCGAGCAACAGUCUUCCUUGGUUUAAGGUGAGUUCUUCCUUGUGAAUCAAACCUGUUUUCAGUGUUUAUCUCUAGCAGUGAUUGUAAUGCCAUGUGACAUUUUGUCUAUGCUGUACCACUGAUCAUUAAGUCUCUUGUUGUUGCACACUUCACUCUAAUCUGCUAACGAUGAUGCAUGUGUCAAUGACAAAGGACAUUACUCACUUUUGGUUCUCACUUGUGAAUUUUGUAUUUGAUUGAAUCGCUGAGUUUCCUUGCAAGUCUGAUAAUUUGACAAUCAUGUCAAUUCAGAACGGGAAGAUGACUAAAAGAGCUUCAUUUGGCAUGGAUUGGCAUAUUACUAGAAGUGGGUAGAAGAAGACCUUCUCAUUUUGGCAAUCCUUGAAGAAAUCCAGAGCUCCUGUUGUCUGAUUUUGACUCCUCUCAACACCUUCCAAACACACCUUACCCUUUUCUGCCUCCAUAUGUAUACCUGUAACUUUUUUUUUAUGUCUUGUGCUGCUUUCUACCUUCGAAAAUGCAUGGUUUCUUCCCUCGGUCUGUAUUCAUAUCCGGUGGUUGGAGAAGUGGAAGCCGAUCGUUUUCCAUCUCGUCUAGGGUUGUUUUAGAGCCACCAUAUGUUCAAUGACUCAUGCCAUGCAGGGGUAGUUCGCCAAAGUCGAAUAGAGAUACUCAAGUUAUGGGUUCUGGUAUAUUGUGAGGUUCCCUUCCAACUCAAUAGGUAGAGUGUGAUUCUGCGUUGAUGUAGUUUUAGUGUUUUACCUUUUUUGAGCAACUGCUCUAAUGUAAUAGACAUUUUGUUUUCGU